AGAGCGCGAGCGCAGAAGCAGCAGUAGCAGGCUGGAGCGCGCGCGCUUUCCUCGCUGUCUGGAACAGCAGCUGUCUGCACGACUGGAAACGGGACCCUUGUUUUUUUAUUUUUGAGGGGGGCUUUUGAGGCAUGAAAGAAAUGGCAGCCGAAUCGAGCCGGAGGUUCACCAAAAACCUGCUGAAGCCGGGCAGCGCCGCGGAGAUCCGGCAGACAGCAUCCAGCGCCGUGAGGAACUCGACCGUGACGCAGGAGAAGCCUAAGCUGAUUGAUCCUCUGGACUACGAGGCUGUGAUCUCAGAACUGGAGCCUGAGCUUAAGGAGGAUCCUCUCCAAGACCUGCUGCUCUUCCCGGACCAAGACUUCACUGUGUGCACUGUUCCUCAGGAGAGGAGAACGCAGCAGUCCACUGUUCCAGAGGGGGCAGAGGAACAGGCCGAGUGUCUGCUGGUCAGACAGGCCUGCCAGUACUACAACUCCCAGCUGCACGUGGUCGAGUACAAGCAUCAAGAGUACACAGGAGACUACCGCCUGCUACCCAGGAAAUUGUAUAAGGCUCAGAAGUUGCCCUCCCACUCAUUCGAGAUUGACCAUGAAGAUGUGGAUAAGGAUGAGGACACAACGUCGCUGUCGUCGUCCAAAGGCGGAGGGGGCGGCGGCGGCAGUGGAGGGACCGGGAUCGGUGUCUUUAAGUCUGGCUGGCUCUACAAAGGCAAUUUCAACAGCACGGUCAACAACAGCAUCACUGUUCGGUCAUUUAAGAGAAGAUAUUUUCAGCUGACUCAGCUAACGGACAAUUCCUACAUCAUGAACUUCUACAAAGACGAGAAAAUCUCAAAGGAGCCUAAAGGUUGCAUAUUUCUGGACUCAUGCACAGGGGUAGUUCAGAACAACCGGCUGAGGAAGCACGCCUUUGAGCUGAAGAUGAAUGAGGUGACGUACUUUGUCCUUGCGGCGGAGAGCGAGCAGGACAUGGAGGACUGGAUCAAUACGCUGAACCGUAUCCUCCAGAUAAGCCCGCCUGAGGGUCCGGCUCUGGACCGCAAAAGCAUGGACCUGACCGACACCAAGCACGAUGUUUUUGAUGUGUCCUUGAAUCACGUUUGUGUCCCUGAAAAUGAUGAAACGACAGAAAAUGGGAUCAAUCCCGAAUUAGCUAAGUACAUCACUGAAACCGAGGAUUUGGUGAGAGCAGCCCGAAGAGAAGAGAGGCUGAACCUGUUCUCUCUCGACCCUGACACUCCUGUUUUGAGGAGCCCGAGGGGGGAAUGUGGAGAACCGUCGCCCAUCCGUCCCUUCGAGGAAAAGCUGGGGAAGAAACUGAUGAUCUACUGCCGCUCCCUCAACCUCACACUGCAGGGCUGUGUGAACGAGACAGAGACGGAGCCGGUCACUAACAUCGAGCCUUUCUUUGUGACCGUGGCGCUGCUGGACAUGCGAGAGAACAGGAAGGUCUCAGCCGACUUCCACGUGGACCUCAACCACGAGGCCGUGCGAAAAAUGCUCAGUGGCUCUGGGAGUCCUGGAGGUCACGGGACGCCCGGAGGUCACAGCGGGCCACAGGAAAAUGGCCUGAAGUCUCCUGUGGAGAAGAAAAGCGGAGAUUGCCAGCUCAGUCAGGAACUGGAGAACUGGCUAUGCUUUCCAAAACAGGCUGUCUUCUCCAUCACAAAUCCUCAUACAGAUAUCGUCAUGGUGGCCCGCGUAGAGAAAGUGCUGAUGGGAAAUAUUACCAGUGGGACGGAGCCCUACAUUAAGAACACAGACAACAGCAAGACGGUUCAGAAGAUGCUCAAGUCCAACAAGCAGUUCUGCAGCAAGCUGGGGAAGUACCGCAUGCCUUUUGCGUGGUCUGUAAGGUCAGUAUUUAAGGAUAACCAGGGCACGGUGGACAGGGACUCCCGUUUCUCUCCCCUCUUCAAGCAGGAGAGCAAUAAGAUCUCCACUGAGGACCUACUGAAGCUCAUCACGGAGUACAGAAGGGCAGAGAAGACCAGCAAGCUGCAGACCAUACCCGGCAGCCUGGAGAUCAGUGUGGACUGUGUCCCAAUGGAGCAUCCCAACUGCGUCACAUCCUCCUAUGUUCCCCUGAAGCCGUUCGAGGAGUGCGGUCUGCACGCUCCCACGGUGGAGGUGGACGAGUUCCUGCAGGAUUCAGCGAAGUUCGCCCAGCCUUACAGAGUUUACAAGAACCACAUAUACAUCUACCCUAAACAUCUCAAAUACGACAGCCAGAAGAGCUUUGCAAAGGCCCGGAACCUUGCAGUUUAUGUGGAGUUCCGGAGCUCUGACGAAGAGCACGCCAAACCACUCAAGUGCAUCUACGGAAAGCCAGGAGGUCCAGUUUUCACCACAGCUGCCUGUUCCACUGUUCUUCACCACUCGCAGAACCCUGACUUUUACGACGAGGUGAAGAUUGAGCUGCCCACACAGCUUCAUGAGAAACACCAUCUCCUCUUCUCAUUUUUCCAUGUGACCUGCGACAUCAAUGCCAAGACCAGCUCCAAAAAGAAAGAGGCUCUUGAAACUCCAGUGGGCUAUGCGUGGCUGCCUCUGCUGAAGGAAGGACGUUUAGCCUCUCAGGAGUUCAACGUGCCAGUGUCCUGCACUCUGCCUAGCAGCUACCUGCAGAUUAAGGAGACGUCAUCCAACAAGAAUGGAUCAGAAGUAAAGUGGGUAGAUGGAGGAAAGCCCAUCUUCAAGGUCUCUACACUCGUACUGUCCACCGUAUAUACUCAGGACCCCCAUCUGAAUCGGUUCUUCCAGCAGUGCCAAAAACGAGAGACGGAUCUCUCACAACCACCUACCUCAAACUUUAUCAACUGCCUGAAGGGCCUCCUUAGUAUGGAGAGGAUCCAUGUGAUCAUUCGCUUCCUGCCAGUCCUCUUCAACCAGCUGUUUAAAGUUCUCACCCAGAACGACUCAGAUGACGUCACAAACACCACCACCAGGGUCCUGGUUCACAUCCUUGCCAAGUGCCAUGAAGAAAACAUGGAUCACUAUUUGCAUUCUUACAUAAAGUUUGUGUUUAAGACUGAGGCGCACGGAUUCCGGACCGUCCAUGAAGAACUGGCCAAGGGCAUGACCUCUGACCUGAAGAGCAAUGAGCAGGCAGCAGUGAAGAACAUCCUCAAGUUCUCCUGGUUCUUCCUGGAGAUCAUAGUGAAGUCCAUGGCACAGCACCUGAUGGAUUCAGAAAAGCUGAAGGUGCCUCGGCAGCAGCGGUUCCCCGGCACCUUCCAGAGCCACCUGGAGGCUCUGAUCAUGACAAUGUCAGACCACAUCUACUGGAAAAGCAAAGAGCUGCCUGAGGAAACCCGCAGCGCAAACCAGGCUGUGGCCGCCUUCGUCAAACGCUGCUUCACUCUGAUGGACCGAGGAUUCACCUUCAAGCUCAUCAACAACUACAUCAAUAUGAUCACAGCCAGCGACAACAAGACAUUGUGCGAGUUCAAGUUCGAGUUCCUGAGGGAGGUGUGUAACCACGAGCACUACAUCCCUCUCAGCCUGCCCAUCCCCUCUGCCCGAAUCACAGAUAAGGCCUCACCGGAAGCGCAGAAUGCUAAGGUGGACAUGCCAGAGUACAGCCUGACGGGCGAGUUCUGCAGAAAGCAUUUUCUGACCGGUCUGCUGCUGAGGGAGCUCGGACUGGCGUUACAAGACGAGCAGGACAUUCGGCACCUGGCUCUGGCCAACCUGAAGAACCUAAUGGCUAAGCACUCUUUGGACUCACGCUAUGCCACAAAGGAGAAGCAGGCCAGGAUAGCAUCUCUGUAUCUGCCUCUGUACGGCCUCAUCCUCGACAACAUGCCACGAUUCUUCCUCAGAGACCUCUUCCCCAUCUACCUGACCUCCAGUGACCAGGGUUCCAGAGAUGACCUCAGCGUAGGAGGAGGUCUGGCAGGUCAGAUUGUCCACACUAUUUCUCACGGCAACUCGGUGGACGCUGCAUUCUCCAAAGAAGUGCUCAACUCCAUUACAGCGUUUUCCUCCCUCGCCUUAUCCACAGCUAACAACGCAGACUCGCGAGGCUCGCUGAUCAGUGUGGAGUCCAACCCCAGCAACAGUGACCGCAACAGCGAGAAGAUGGACGGAUGUGAAAAGUUCCCCAGGCCACAGUCCCUGAUUGGUUUUGGCUCGCGCUUCGAUAAGCUGGACCAGGCCGAGACGCGCAGCCUGCUCAUGUGCUUCUUACACAUCAUGAAGACCAUAUCAGAGGAGGUCAUGGUGGCCUACUGGCACCGAGCCAUUCACCAGGAGAUCUCAGACUUCUUCAACAUUCUAGAACUGUGUCUCCAGCACUUCAGGUUUCUGGGAAAGCGUCACAUAGCGAGGAAGUUAGCAGCUGCGGUUAAGCUGGCGCAGGCCACGCAGGGCACUGGCACACUGAAGGGUUCGAAUGCUUCCUCCCAGUCCUCAGGGCUCCUGCCCCAAUGGAUGCUGUCAAGUCAGGAUGGGCACAGACAUGCUCGUUCACAGACCAUGCCCAUCAUUCGGGGCAAGAAUGCCUUAACCAACCCCAAAUUGCUGCAGAUGAUGGAAACAGAUGGAAAUGCGCCUGAAAAUGACAGCACCUUCAGUCCGACAGACAUCGAGGCCAAUCUCUCCACAGAGGUGGCCCUCACUGUGCUUGAUGUUCUGGAACUGUUCGUGCAUCACCACAAGAAACAGCUGCUGCAGGACGAAGGUCAGAACUCCCUGAUGAAGAAAGUCUUCGACACGUACCUGCUCUUCUUCCAGAUCAACCAGUCCACCACCACUCUCAGACACGUCUUCGCUGCUCUGCGCCUUUUCAUACAGAAGUUCCCCUGCAUGUUUUUUCAGGGUAAAGCUGACCUGUGUGGCUGUCUGUGCUAUGAGAUUUUAAAGUGCUGUAAUCAUCGCUCCAGCAGCACUCAGACAGAGGCCUCUGCUCUGCUCUACUUCCUCAUGAGGAAGAACUUUGACUACACCAAGGGCAAGUCCAUCGUCCGCUCCCACCUGCAGGUCAUCAAGGCAGUGAGUCAGCUGAUUGCGGAUGCAGGUAUUGGAGGAUCGCGUUUUCAGCAGUCCCUGGCCAUCAUCAACAACUUCGCCAAUGGAGACGCUCCACUGAGGAGCACAUCGUUCCCAGCGGAGGUAAAGGACCUGACGAAACGGAUCCGCACCGUCCUGAUGGCCACCUCACAGAUGAAGGAACACGAGAAGGAUCCGGAGAUGUUAGUGGACCUGCAGUACAGCCUGGCCAACUCCUAUGCCAGCACUCCUGAGCUCCGGCGCACCUGGCUGGAGAGCAUGGCCAAGAUCCACGUCCGCAAUGGAGACCUGUCUGAGGCUGCCAUGUGCUACAUCCACAUUUCUGCCCUCAUAGCGGAAUCACUGAAGAGGAGAGGUUACUGGAAGCCUGAAAAGGCGCGGAUCUCAAGCGCGGGCGUGGAGGAGGCCAAUGUAGUUAACUGUAGCCCUUUACUAACCUCCCGGGAAGGAGAAAGUUCGUUCAGUAUGGGCUGGGCUGCCUUCAUGAACAUCUCCCCCAAUGUUCAGGAGGAGGGAGCCAUGAAGGAAGACACUGGAACCCAGGACACGCCUUACAUUGAGGACACUCUAGUGGAGCAGCUGGAGCUGUGUGUGGAUUAUCUGUGGAAGUCUGAGAGAUACGAGCUGAUAGCGGACAUCAACAAGCCUAUCAUCGCCGUCUUCGAGAAGAGGCGAGACUUCAAGAGGUUAUCAGAGCUCUACUAUGACAUCCACCGCUCGUAUCUGAAGGUGACGGAGGUAGUUCACUCGGAGAAGCGGCUGUUCGGCCGCUAUUACCGCGUGGCUUUCUAUGGACAGGCAGCGGGCUUCUUUGAAGAGGAGGAGAGUAAGGAGUUCAUCUACAAGGAGCCGAAGCUAACCGGACUCUCCGAGAUCUCUCAGCGGCUUCUCAAGCUCUACUCCGACAAGUUCGGGGCGGACAACGUCAAAAUGAUCCAGGACUCCAACAAGGUGAACCCUAAAGACCUGGACCCCAGGUUCGCCUACAUCCAGGUCACCUACGUGGUGCCCUACUUCGACGAGAAGGAGCAGCAGGAGAAGAAGACGGACUUUGAGCGACAUCACAACAUCAACCGCUUUGUGUUCGAGACGCCCUUCACUCUGUCUGGCAAGAAGCACGGCGAUGUGGAGGAGCAGUGCAAGAGACGGACCAUACUGACCACGAGCUCCAUGUUCCCAUACCUGAAGAAGCGGAUCCAGGUGGUGAAGCAGCAGAGCACAGAGAUGAACCCCAUCGAGGUAGCCAUCGACGAGAUGAGCCGCAAAGUGUCGGAGCUAAACCAGCUCUGCAGGAUGGACGAAGUGGACAUGAUUCGCCUGCAGCUCAAACUACAGGGAAGCGUCAGCGUGAAGGUAAACGCAGGGCCCAUGGCCUACGCUCGAGCCUUUUUGGAGGAGAAGAAUGCCAAGAAAUACCCAGACAACCAGGUCAAGCUGCUCAAAGAGAUCUUCAGGCAGUUUGCGGACGCGUGCGGCCAGGCUCUGGACGUGAACGAGCGGCUGAUUAAGGAGGACCAGGUGGAGUACCAGGAGGAGAUGAAGGCUCACUACAGAGAAAUGCUGAACGAGCUGUCGGCCAUUAUGAAUGAACAGCUUUCUAAGAGCAGACGCUCAGCCAUCCUCAGCUCCUCUCUCUCUCCGCUGCCUCCAAACCUCAUCCCAUAUACAAGACAGCCAGGAACAGACCGACCCAACAGCACCUUCUGAGCUUCAGUACUUUGACCUCAGCUGGUUUCCAAGGCCUCUGCCUUCAGUGUCGCUGCCACUGUGGACCCUGAGCACCUUUAUGAACUGGGGGAAAACAAUGGAAGAUUUUAGAAGACUGGAACUGUUGUCGUUGUCGGAGGUUGACGUCCUGUGGAUGAUGCAGAUUAGGCAGCUGAACUGCUCUGUUUUAGGUUUCGACAGCGCAUCCUUCUCAGUACUUCCCAGCCUGGACACACACGGCUCUAAUAUACAGUCGAUUUCACAUAUGCCUUCUCUCCUAAACCCUGUUCCUCUAGAAAACAGUGACCUUAACUAGCUUGAGGUGUGUUCAACCAAGCGAAAUGAUUUGUUACCAACUUAUUACAGGGCUUUUACAUUUACUGCAACCAGUUGUGGACAUUUUUAUGAAUAGAUUCUAGGCUGUUUUAGCAAUUUUAGGACUUUAAGGGCGUCAUUAACAUGUCAUUUUUCUAGUGUAUCCUCCGCUCGUCUUGUUGAACACACCUCUAGUUCCUGUAUGAAUGUAGACCUGCUCAGCAUAGCGUCGUCGUAUCCUAACAUUCGCCAUUCCCAGCUCUGACAUUUUGCAAGCGGAAAGUUACUGUUUUAUAACAUUUUUAUGACUGAUAGUGUUAUUAUUUCCUGUACUGUUUUAAAUUGUAAAUAAGAAUAAUUAAUAUUUAAAAUGUUUCGUUUUAUAUAUAC